AUGUCUGAAAAUGAUAAGCAAGAAGCAAAUCAGGAACGGUGUUUAAAUAAGCGAAAAUUCGAGAGUGAAGAUGAAAAUGAAGAACCUUUGAAAAGGGAAAGAAUCUCUCCUGUGUCGGAGGCUACAUCACGAAAUGAAAUAACUCAUAGUCGUAAAAGUAUUGAAGAAGCGAUCAAAGCAUUGGAUAGAAUUCAGUAUGAACUGAACAUGGGAAAUGUUCUUGCUGAUAGUCCGGAGAACAGUGAUCAAGAUACGCCACCAGAAUCCGAAGACGAAACAACUCCUGAUGAUAUGUUGAACCACGCUCAUGCCAUGGGUUUCGCUGCUUGUGUUCGUGAAACAUUUCGCUUUUUAGAUUCAUGUGGAAUCUCUGAAAACGACCCCAUCUACAAGCAGUUGAAAAGCCGUUUCGUUGGAACAACCAACUAA